AUGUCUGUUGAAGUGAAUUCAGAGGAGACCGUUCCUGAGGUCCUACUGUUGGAUUUGGGUGGAAUAACAUUUCCAUCACCGAUUGGUCCGUUGUUGGCUGCUGCCGAAUCUAUACGGGACCCAGGCCUGCCUAGGCGUAUGGUGUCCUCUGUACUGUGGAAGGAGCUUGAAUGCGGCUUCUUGACGAUACCUGAGUUUUGUGAGCAGUUCGCUAAGGGCAAGGCGGUAGUGCAAGAGGCCCUCAUAGGCUGGUUCGAGGGGCUAAGGGCAAUGGAACCUAGUCCUCGUAUGAUAAUUUUGCUUAGCGAACUCCGUCUGAAAUACCCUGGGUUGAAGAUAGGUGCGGUGACUAACAACUUCAAGCAUCCAGCUCCUCUGAGGCCCAUGAGAGAUCUCAGGGGGGAGCUAUUGUUCGAUACUAUAGUAGAGAGUGCGGUAGAAGGGAUGGCCAAAGGACAUCCUGGUGGGGAAAGAUGGGCGCUCGUGGAGGUAUGGAACUUCCAUGAUGGAAGUUAUAUGGAAGCCCAUAUAAUUUGGAGCUCUGUCAGACUAUUCAAGACAGCACUGGAACGUUUGGACUAUCACGGUCCGGCUUCUGCUGUACUCUACUUGGAUGAUUUGAAGCAUAAUCUGGCCCAACCGGCAUCCCUAGGGAUCCGCACUAGACAUGCCAUUACGCCUGAGGAGGCUACUGAGACCAUCAGGAAGAUGCUUGCUCUGGAUGUGUCCAGUGGCUCCCCUUUGCAGAAGUAUCUGGCUUCCUUGGGAGUGUUACCGGAUAGCAUUUCGGAUCAAGCCCGACCAUUCGCGUGGCAGUUCUCUUUCGGCCAGUCCAAUCCGACGUAUCUAGUAGGGCUUAUCCCAGAGAAGCCCCUCGAAGGCUAUACCCUACAGAAGCUCUUGGAGGAGAAGUGUGCUGUCCUGAGGAAGCAGCCACCAGGAGAGCUGCUCCCCUCGGCCCAUGAUGUUGUCCGGGAGUAUACGGUGAUGUCGGAGUUAGGCAAGGAAGGAUGCGUACCGGUUCCACGGACUCUGGGGCUGUGCACUGAUAAGACAAUCUGUGGUGCAGCCUUCUAUGUUAUGAGAUUUGUGACGGGUGUGGUAUUUACUGAUCCCAAUUUACCCAACCUGCAGCCCUACCAGCGUCGGAAAGUAUAUGAGGACCUCAUGAAGACAGCUGCAGCUGUACACAACUUCCCUUGGCAUCGUUCCGAGGCCCUCACUCAGAGGUUCCGAGGUGAUCCAUCGAAGUAUGUUAGUAAGCAGGUGGAGAGGUGGAGUACUCAAGGCAUUGAUGUGGAAGGAUUCAAACGCCUGGCAAAAGGACUUCUCGAUAACGUCAAGAUAUCUCAGAAGAGCCCCGAGUUCCAAAGCCUCGUUCACGGUGACUUCCGUCUGGACAACUGCAUAUACGAUCCUCACACAUUUGAGGUGGUGGCCGUUUUGGAUUGGGAAUUGAGUACUACUGGCAACAGUCUAGUCGAUAUAGCCAGUGCCUUGUCGCAGUACUAUGGUCUCUAUCCGGGCAUUGCUCAGUUGAGCUCGAACUUUGAAGAGCUUGGUAUACCGAAGGAACGGGAGCUUCUUGAUUUAUACCUCCGCUAUCGCGAGGUGGAGUCGAUCCCUGAAGGGUUGAUGCAGUACAUGGAGGCCUUCCAGUGCUUGAGGAUGGCUGGCAUCCUCUAUGGAGUUCUGAUGCGGACCAAGAAGGGCAAUGCAUCUCAACAGCAUCAGCAGGCCAAGGGUGGUAGCAUAUUCAGUAUGGCCUAUGUCACCAAGUUGUGUACACGAGGCUUGGAGUUGCUCCAGAGCAGGGCAUGUUCCAGUAGCCCUAUCGCAGUGGAUGCUCCUUCUAAGUUAUAAGUGAUGUUUCUAGUUCUGA